CUUCGUAAUAGUACACUAGACAAGAAACAGAGUCAUCGAGAGGCAGAGAUGGAGCUGCUUUCAAUAAUCUGGGUGGUGGUAACAGUGACAGUUGCUGUGAUUCCGAUAUGGGCCUUGCAGGUGCUGUGGCUGAAACCAAAGAAGAUGGAAAAUCUUCUAAGAGCUCAAGGUCUUCAAGGCCAGCCUUACAAGCUUAACCUUUUCAGUGACAACUCCAAGCAAAACCACAUGCUCAAGCUGCAACAUGAAGCCAACUCCAAACCCAUUACUCUCUCCGAUGAUGUUGCACCACAUGUAUUCUUGCCUUCAUUUCAAACUGUCCACAAAUAUGGCAAGAAUUCCUUUUUAUGGGAAGGUACAACACCACAGGUGAUCAUCACAAACCCAGAACAAAUCAAAGAAGUCUUUAACAAGAUGCAAGACUUCCCUAAACCAAAGUCAAAUUCCAUUGUCAAAUUUUUUAGUGUUGGUCUGGUAGAAUAUGAGGGUGAAAAAUGGGCUAAGCAUCGAAAAAUUAUUACCCCGGCAUUCCACACAGAUAAAUUGAAAAUUAUGCUGCCAGCUUUUUUAAAAAGCAGCCAUGAUAUGAUUAGCAAAUGGAAGGAAAUGUUGUCAUUGGAUGGAUCAUGUGAGAUUGAUGUUUGGCCUUUUCUUCAGAAUUUGACUUGCGAUGCGAUUUCUAGAACGGCAUUUGGAAGCAACUAUGCAGAAGGAACAAAAAUGUUUGGGCUUCUGAAAAAGCAGGGAUAUCUUUUAAUGACAGCACGGCGUCUACAAGCUAGCACCAAGAGGAGGAUGAAGGAAAUUGAUAGAGAUAUUCAUGAUUCACUUGAGGGUAUCAUUAAAAAACGAGAGCAAGCCAUGAAGAACGGUGUAGCCACAAAUGAUGAUUUAUUAGGCCUACUUUUGGAAUCAAAUCACAUUGAAAAUCAAGGACUUGGAAACAGUAAAAAUGGUGGAAUGACCAACCAAGAAGUAAUUGAGGAAUGCAAGAUAUUCUACAUUGCAGGGCAAGAGACCACAUCAACUUUACUAGUUUGGACAAUGGUAUUAUUGGCUCGGUAUCCUGAAUGGCAAGAACGUGCAAGGCAGGAAGUUUUGCAGGUUUUUGGCACCCAAAAUCCAAACUUUGAUGGCUUAAGUCACCUUAAAAUUGUGACCAUGAUUUUAUAUGAGGUUCUCAGGUUAUACCCACCUGUAAUUUACUUCAUUCGAACUGUUCAAAAGGAUUUGAAACUUGGAAACCUGUUACUACCUGCAGGAACCCGUAUUUCCUUACCAAUACUAUUGAUGCACCAUGAUAGUGAAAUAUGGGGUGAUGAUGUAAAGGAGUUCAAACCUGAAAGGUUCUCUGAAGGCAUUGCUAAAGCCACUAAAGGCCAAGUUUCAUAUUUCCCAUUUGGAUGGGGUCCUAGGAUAUGUAUUGGCCAAAAUUUUGCCUUGUUAGAAGCAAAAAUAGUAUUGUCAUUGCUUCUGCAAAAUUUCUCAUUUGAGCUUUCUGCGGCCUAUGCCCAUGUUCCCACCACUUCGGUUACUUUGCAGCCGAAACAUGGGGCGCAACUCAUUUUGCAUAAAGUGUAGUAUCAAUCAUAUGUAGCACAUAGACUGUAAGCCAUAUUUUAAGAAUCCUGUAAUGCAUGUAUGUUUACAUUCAGCUAGUAGUUUGAAUCAAUAAAUACAUGUAUGAAUUCAUAGUAAGGACACUUGUUCCAAAAUCAAAUACCAUAUCUUGUAGAAGAA